AUGACAUCGACUACGCACCAAGCCAGCAACUCAGAGGAUGUGUGGGUAGACAACUCCAUGGCCCAAGACAAGGAAGCUGCUCGUGAGGAGGAGGGGGCAGAGCUUGUUGGCAACCAAGUUGACGCUCAUCUGUCAGUCAAGGAAGCUCUUCGUUACUAUUGGAAGGCAAUCUUCUGGUCCUUUCUCAUUUCUAAUGCCACGAUCAUGGAGUCGUACGAUCUCAUCCUCAAUAACCUGCUGAUUGCAUAUCCGGCUUUUCAAAAGUCUUUUGGCGAGCAACUGCCCAAUGGCUCGUGGUCCCUCGACUCGCAGUGGCAGGUCGCGUUGAAGAUGUCGACAAAUAUUGGUCUUACCAUUGGUGUGCUCGUGAAUGGUUGGCUGUCGGAUCGGUGGCCGCCACGGCUCCUCAUGAUCGGCGCACAUAUCCUUGUGAUAGCAUUUGUUUUCAUCUCUUUCUUUGCCCAGCGAAUCGAGGUUCUCUUUGUCGGUUCAUUGUUGACGGCCAUUCCUUGCGGAUUUUUCGUACCAGCAACGUCAGCCUAUGCGGCGGAGAUAUGUCCAACGAAGUUGAGAGGUUACAUGACGACGUACGUUAAUCUUGGGUGGGUCAUCGGCCACAUGAUUGCAGCAGGCGUCUGCCAGGGCCUGCUCAAGGUUCAAGGAGAAUGGUCGUGGCGCAUCGUCUAUGCGGUACAAUGGGCAUGGCCGGUACCGCUGGCAGUUGCUUGUUGGUUCGCUCCCGAAUCACCCUGGUGGCUGGCACGCAAGGAUCGGAUCGAGGAUGCAAGGAAGUCACUCCAGAGACUAUGCUCUGCUCCUCUCGACGUCAUCAACCCAGACGAUACACUCGCCAUGAUCCAGGGUAUACUUCGACUCGAGAGAGAGGAGAUGAAGAUCCAAGGCACAUAUCUUGACUGCUUCAAAGACACCAAUCUUCGACGAACGGAAGUGGCCGUUGUAAGCUGGGGUGGCCAGAUUCUGCCUGGCUUUGUCAUACAGAACUAUGCCACGUACUUCUUCACUCUGGCCGGCCUCAGCGCAAGUGACUCCUUCAAAAUCUCCCUAGGCAAGCUUUCUCCCGAUUGA